ACUUUUCUGCACCAGCCAUGUCGGACCCUGCACCUGCUCCGGAAAGCAAGCCGAAGGUCAAGGACGACACCGCCGGGGCCACAGAAGCAUCCAACCACAUUCAGAUCCAUGUGGUGUCGCAGUCUGGAGAUGAUGUGUUCUUCAAGAUCAAGCGCAACACGCCGCUGAGCAAGCUGAUGCGGGCGUACUGCUCGCGAGCGGGAGUCGACAUUUCCGCCGUCCGGUUCAUGUUUGAUGGCAGCCGGGUGCGCGAGGACAUGACGGCCGAGCAGCUGGAGAUGGAGGACGGUGACGAGAUCGACGUCAUGGCAGAGCAGGUCGGCGGCCAGUAAGCGAGGACCAGAAGCCCUCGAGGAAGGCGCCGUGCUGUAUCGUGCGGUUGCCCUCCGAGGCCGGGAGCCCAGACCCAGGCCCUGGUCCCACCCCCAGCGUAAUGAAGAAUGACCAUACACACA